AUGGACAAGGACCGCACCGAGCCUCGACCUGCAGCUCCCAGGGACCAUGCCCCGCCCGACCAGUCCACCUCGUCGUCGUCCCUCCCACCGAUGCCCCCGCAGCAGCUCCCCGGCGUCUUUCCGCCACCGCCCAACCUCGACGACAUCCUCCGCGCUGCGAGCACCCGUGCACCGCCGUCGCCGACCAGUCGCGCACGGCGUCCGCCCAUGACGACCGAGCGCCCCGACGAAAGAUGCUUCACGACGACUAGGCAGACCAACGCCCGCCGAGCCCUCGGUCGCGAGCCCGCCGUCACCAUGUACUGCUACAUCAACAUGCGCAACGCGCUCGAGGACCUCGUCCCCGUCCCAGGCCACCCGACCGCCUUUCUCGCGCGCGACGCCCCGCCCGUCGACCAGCUCCCAGCGCUCAAGAAGCGCCCGGUCGUCGUCGACGCGCCCGAGGGCACGCCCGAGUACCGCUGGCCCUGGCUCGACGGCCGGUUCGUCUACGUCGCGCGCGGGAGGGACAACGUCGCGCGGCACAUGCGCGAGAUGGGCGGCGUCAGCGGCGAGGCGCCCCGUGCUCCCGCAGCAGCAGCUGUUGCGCCGGCCAAGGAGGGCGAGCCGGCGCCUUCGCCUGCCCCGGACGCGAGCCCCACCCUCGCCGCCGCCGCCGCCGCCGCCGAGGCGCCGCCCGCGAGCCCGAGCGGGCGCACCAAGCGCAAGCUCAUGCCGCACGCUGUCGUCGUCGAGGGUGAGCGGGUCGGCGCGUGGGACACGAUGCGGCGCAUCGAGGAGCGCGUCGCCAAGCAGGAGGCCGACAAGGUCUUGCCGGGCAAGCGCGAGGAGCGCAUGCUGCGGCGGGCCAUGGGCUUCGAGGACGACAGCUCGGAAACCCUCAUCUCGCUCUCGGACGCCUACUCGUCGUCGCUCCAGCGCCUGCACGUCCACCUCGUGCGCAUCUACUCGCCCGGGCUCAAGAACCUCGCACGCCUGCCCGCCAUCUGGACCGACGGCACGGCGCGCGACAUGUGCGACACGGUGACGACCCGGCUCGGCGACGGGAGCGCGUUCAAGCUCGUCGGGCGCAUGUGGGACAGCCUCGGGAGCGUGCAGCAGCAGCUCGAGGAGCGGAAGAGGCGCAGACGAGGAGGAGGAGGAGGGCCGGGCGAGGCGGACCCGUUUGGAGGGACCCAGCCGCCUGUCGUCGGCGGCGGCGGCGGCGGCGGGGGGCCGGGCUUCCCGCCUCUGCCGCCGCUCCCUCCUCCGGCGGGCGCACCGCGCGCGACCGAGGGCGAGCAGGCGGGGAGCGCGGCGGGUGAGGGUGCGCCGCGAGGGCCGCGGGACGAGCUGCCGCAGGACCGGCGCCACUACGUCCACGACGUGCGGUACUACCAGGCGUGCACCGAGCGUCCACGCCGCUGUCUCUUCCCGGACCAGGACGACCGUCGCCCCGUGUACCCGGUCAUCAACGCCUCGCAGAGCUUCAACUCGUCGCUCUUCGCGCCCGCCAUCACCGUGGACGGCCGCAUGGCGUUCACGCACCUGUCGCCCGACGAGCAGCGUGCCAAGUACCUCGCCGAGCAGGAGCAGGACAAGCAGGGUGUGGCGGCCGGGCAGCAGGAGCACGAGGAGGAGGAGGAAGAGCAGGCGGAGGAGCCCAAGCGCCGCGCCUACCCUCUCCUCGCCGACCCGUCGCGCCCCGACCGCCGCCAGCUCGUCGCCGGCCUCGACGGCGCCCCGCUCCUGAGCCACCUCUCGCCCGAGGAACAGCACGCCGACUGGCUCAAGGGACAGGAGGAGGAGCGCGGCGGCAAGGACAAAAAGGUGCAGGCCGAGAAGGUGGGCGCUACGGGCGAAACCGAGGACUGA